AUGGCAGAUCUUAACAAGCAGUCAUUCUCGAUAUUUUCUCUCAUCCUAGUGAUGAUUAGUAUUGGUGCUUUCGCUCGAGCGGAGCAAUGUGAGGAUCAAAUUGAGGACCUGGUGAGCAAAUGCGGUCAGUAUGUGCAAUGGAUUGCAUCAAGGCCGGAGGAUGCUUCAAGAGAUUGUUGUGCUGUGGUGAAGAGAGCGGAUGUGAAGUGCGUAUGUGAUCAUGUCACGGAGGAAGUUGAGAUGGCUAUUGAUAUGGAUAAAGCGGUGGCUGUUGCUGCUAAGUGUGGGAGGCCAAUUCCUCCGGGAACACAAUGUGGAGCUCUUGCAGCCCGAGCUGCAUUCUAA